AUGCGAGGGCUACCGGCUAGAGGACGGAGCCGGCCAAACAAGCUAGUCCGCCAUCGCCAGCAACAGCCAGUGAGCUUGGCAACACUUAACGUUGGGACGCUUACUGGAAGAAGUCGUGAACUGGCAGAUAGUCUCAGAAAACGAAGUGUUGACAUAUGUUGUGUACAAGAGACUCGCUGGAAAGGCUCCAAAUCAAGGGAAUUAGGCGAUGGCUACAAGCUCAUCUACCACGGCACAUCAAAUCGCAAUGGCAUUGGUAUCAUAUUGAACGAAUCGUUUAGAGACAGCGUCACAGCAGUGGAUCGACUAUCGGAUCGCCUGAUGGCUGUAAAAGGAGACACAGGAGAAGUGGAAUUGCGAGUUGUCUCUGCUUAUGCGCCACAGGCGGGCUGUAGUGAAGAAGAGAAGGCAAGCUUUUGGGAGGAUCUGGAGCAGUACGUCCAAUCCCUGGAAGGCGAAGAAGUAUUUCUAAUCGGAGGAGACUUCAACGGACAUGUCGGUUCUCGGAAAGACGGGUUCGAAAGUUGUCAUGGUGGAUAUGGCUAUGGAUCUCGUAACGACGACGGGUUGCGAAUCCUGGAGUAUGCUGUUGCAAGUGACUUGAUCAUUGCUAACACGCAGUAUCGGAAAAGAAAAUCGCAUUUGAUCACGUACACCAGCUGCGGUCGUGAAACGCAAAUAGAUUUCUGGAUGUUACGCCGACGAGAUCCCCGACUUCUGCAGGAUUCAAAAGUUAUCCCUACAGACCAUGUCGUUGCCCAACACCAUUUGCUCGUCAUGGGCUUGAAAAUCUCCCGUCCAAGGAAGAGACAUCCAAGGACUGGAAAACAUCGCAUCAAAUGGUGGAAUCUGAAGGAUCGGAAGGAGGUAUUUUUCGCAUCACUGGCUCCAUCUACACUUCUCCACCCUACUCGUAGUGUGGAGUAA